UUUGUUCUCCCGCAUCUGGAGGAGGGAAGAACUCUUUGUCUCUUAGAUCUUCAGAGCUAUCGAUUUAGAGGUUUUUAUCUUAUUUGAUCUUUCAAGUGAUUUUCCUGGGAAUUUGACAUCUGGCCUAUUUUUCUUGAAAUGGCUGGCCAGAAGAGUAACUAUGGGAAACGGUCCCAUUCACAAGCUGACUAUGGAGAAAAUAAUGGGAGUAAGAGACGAAACCCUGGUGAUGAUAGAGGUCAGUAUGCUCCUGGACCAGAAGAUACUGUAUACCGUUAUCUUUGUCCUGGAAGAAAGAUUGGAAGUAUCAUUGGCAGGGGAGGUGAGAUUGUGAAGCAAUUAAGGGCAGAAAGUCGAUCUAAGAUUAAGAUUGGGGAGAGCAUGCCAGGGUGUGAAGAGCGUGUCAUCACUAUAUUUAGUUCAAACGGUGAAACCAAUGCUGUUGAACCGUUACUUUGCCCAGCACAAGAUGCUCUUUUUAAGGUGCAUGACAGGCUUGUUGCUGAUGAGGUACCGGGUGAAGAAGAUGAUGAAGGGGCUCAGCAAAUUUCUGUUCGGAUGCUUGUGCCAUCAGAUCAAAUUGGGUGUGUUAUUGGUAAGGGUGGGCAGAUAAUCCAAAGUAUACGCAGUGAAACUGGUGGUCAGAUUCGCAUAUUAAAGAAUGAAUAUCUGCCUCCCUGUGCUCUUAGUACUGAUGAACUUCUCCAGAUAACUGGGGAAGCCACUGUUGUGAUGAAGGCUCUCCAUUUAUUGUCGUCUCGCCUUCAUGAUAAUCCUUCUCCAUCUCAGCAUCUGCUUGCAUCUUCCACAUCCAACAUGUAUCAAUCAGGUGGCACGUUCAUGGGUUCAAAUAGUGGUGCACCUAUUGUUGGUUUAGCUCCAUUGAUGGGUCCUUAUGGUGGAUAUAGGGGUGACACGGGAAGUGAGUGGCCCCAUGCUUUUUAUCCUGCUCCAAGAGAUGAAGCCUCAGCCAAGGAAUUCUCUCUGCGUAUGCUCUGCCCAACUGGAAAUAUUGGAGGAGUUAUUGGAAAGGGUGGUUCCAUUAUUAAGCAAAUCAGGCAGGAAUCUAGGGCAUUUAUUAAAGUUGAUAGUUCAGCUGCUGAGGAAGACGAUUGCAUUAUUACAAUCUCAGCAAAAGAGUUUUUUGAAGAUCCCAUCUCUCCAACUAUUGAUGCUGCAGUGCGCUUGCAACCAAGAUGUGGUGAAAAAUCUGAUAAGGAUUCAGAUUCCUUGAUCAUGACCCGUCUGCUUGUGCCUGUCUCACGUAUUGGUUGCCUUAUUGGUAAAGGUGGAUCUAUCAUAUCUGAGAUGAGGAGACUCACAAAAGCAAACAUUCGCAUACUUUCGAAGGAAAACCUUCCAAAAGUGGCAUCUGAAGAUGAUGAGAUGGUGCAGAUCACUGGAGACCAUGAUGUUGCAAGGAAUGCUUUAAUUCAAGUGACCACACGGUUGAAGGCCAAUUUUUUUGAGAGGGAGGGUGCAUUAUCUGCAUUUCCACCAGCUCUUUCCUACCUUCCAAUGUCUGCAGAUAUUACAGAUGGUUCAAAAUAUGGCAGUAGGGACAGUAAAUCACAUGGACGUGGACACUCCUACUCAACGGGUUAUGGUGAUGUUAGUGAUGCAUAUGGAAGUUAUAGUGGAUCACAGAGUGGUGCUGGGGCUUAUGGAGCAUACGGUGGUUACUCUUCAGUCCGUUCUGGUAGUGCGGGGUUAUCUGGUACGAACCCCGUUUCCCAUGGGAAACAUCAUGGUUAUUAGGUGUCCUCGAUGAUUAGGACCUGCAGCUUGAGAUCUAUGAAGCCUGAAGCCAGCCUACUGCCUCUUUGAUGAAGCCUCCAGCCUAGACCAGAAGACCAGAUGAACAGGAUUUGAGAAACCAAUGGCCCACCUAUGAAGCUUUGUUUAGGAGGACCAACUUUAUCCGGAGAAUGUUAAUUACUACUGUUCAAUCCUUUUGCUGCCUUGACACCACAUUUUACUGAUCUAAAAUACUGUGCUCUUCCCAAGUGCCUAUGUAACCAGCAAGCCUUACAGGUUGCAGCAACUAUUUUGACGACUCUGUAAAACUUUACUUGGUGUGGUCCAUGAGUAUCUCCUUCUUGGUGGUUCUGUUCGGUUAUUGGUUUUAAUUUCAAAUUAGAUCUCAGCUGUAUGAGUUAGUUUUUUCUUCCUGUCAAGUAUUGGGAUAUAGGUUGGAUGGGAUGGGUAUAUUUGUCUAUUAGAGCCUAGAAAACUGUAGGUAGUAGGUCAGACUGGUUUAUGGUGGAACCAUCAUUUUAUUUUAUUUGAUGCAGGCAGUAAUGUUAGUGAUUAAUUUUUAUGCAUUCCACUCAGCAAAUAUUUCUUUUUAAUUUUUCCCAUAUAUAUUUAAUUCCUUUUAUUCAGUAGAUGUGGUUUCUGUUCUGUA